GAAGAUGUGAACUAACAUGAACUUUUUGUUGACAGUCCAGCUUAGAUUAAGAUCAUAUAAUAAGUUAGAGAAAUGCGAUACUUUCCAUUCAAAAUGUAAAUUCCCAAAAAUUAUUCUGUGAUGCAUUAAUAUGAAAAGAUGAAGAUGUAACAACAGCAUGGUUGUGAAAAGAAAGGAUUUUCAAAAGGCUGCAGCCUUUAUCCAUGAGUUUUUAUUGAAGUUAACUGAAGACUUAGAAUGUGCAGAAGUAAGGGAUUCCCUCAAGCUGGCACUCCUGCAUAUGCAGAAGUACUAUCGAGUGCUGCAGUCGAGGAACUCCGAAAGAAAUACUCAUACACUCCAACUGACCGCAAGAGGUCUAAGUCCUAUGACGCCAUUUGUCGACACGCCCGACAAGUUUCAAUGGAAGUGGUUGAAUAUGGACGCGUAUGCGAGAAUGUCGACGAAUAUGUCGAUAGCGGACAGCAUUAAUUUAGCAUCCUUGCCAGAAAUAAUUGAAGCCACUCUUAAUGAUGAUAUCGAUACGAUAGAAGAAUUAAUCAGAAGAGAUCCAUCAUGUCUAGAUGAUCGAGAUGGAAUAGGUAGGACAGCGUUAACUUAUGCUGUCCAUUUCUUUAAACACGAACCAUUACAAUAUAUACUAAACAACCAGGCUGAUCCUAAUAGUACUGCACAUGAUGGUUCUACAGCGUUACAUUUAGCAUGUCAUGAUGGUAACAGUCAUGCUGUGAGGCUGUUACUAGAGGCGGGUAGUGAUGUGGCUGUAGUUGAUGCGUACGGAAGAUCAUCUAUACAUUGGGCAGUUACCACACCAGAAACUGACUGUUUACAGAUAUUGUUAGAUUUUAAUGCUGAUACAAGUUUACGAGAUAAAGAUGGUUUAACGCCCAAUAUGUGGGCGUGUCAGUUAGAUCAUAUAAAACAUUUCGAGUUAUUAAGUCGAAGUGAAUAUAGUCAUAUAGACGAAGCAGACGGUAUAGAGAGAGAUACAAAUGGUAGAACAUGGAUGCAUUGGGCUGUCAGACGGACGGAACCGUUAGAAUGUCUUCAGACAUUGUUAACCGCUGAUUCUGCAAGAAUAAAAGAUCAUGAAGGAAAAACAGUCAUUUUAUUGGCGGCAGAAAUGGGCUCUCUACCAUCAUGUCAAGUUAUAUUAGAGAUAUCUGGUACAGAAUGCCUACAAGAUGUUGAUAAUGGAGGUAGAAGUGCUCUACAUUUAGCAGCUCUUGGUGGUCAUGGUGAUGUUGUCAAUUAUUUACUAGAAAAUGGAGCUGAUAUUACUGUGACAGAUAAACACGAAGCUACAGCCUGGGAUUACGCUCGUAAUCGUCAGUUACAUUACUGUCAAUUAAUAUUUAUGUCACAUCAACGUCAGAGAAUUAAAAGUAACCCAACAAGUCCCUUACCUAACGGACAUGGAAUGUUUAACGGAAAUUUCAACUACGAUGAUUUUAAUGAUGGGAAUUCUACAAACAGAUCAAAGCCUACUACUCCGAUAACCCCUCCCCAUCCUCCCAAACGACCUCGUACUUCUAGAACUUUAAACAGACGAUCAAACAGCAUGACGUCUCCCGAGAAAGAAUCACCGUUUGAUUGGUCGAGUGGAAGAGCUGUAGUUAGUGCUAAUAAUCAUCAGAAGCGGAGAAUAGAGGUGAGUGUGACAACACCACAUGUUGCUGUUGGUGCUUUUGAAGGUAGAGAUGAGAUAGCAAUGGUCACUGAUGAACAAGAUGGUGGACCUAUCGAGUUCGUUGAAGAGGACGAAGAUGGCGUUAGUGGAGGAGGAAUGGAUGUGUCUGAUAUAGAGGAUAAUGAUGAGAUACAACAAACUUUCAAAGAUGUCCGUCCACCACCAUCUAGACGUGGACCACAUGAACGUUCUCCUCAGCGUCAACCCCAUCCGCCUCAAAGAAAACGAAAUCCAUCAAAUGGUGGAUACAGUCCUCAGUGUUCACAGGAUCUAAGUUCCAACUCUCAAGAACAGAUUCAACUGACGGAAGAAGAACAUGUUAUAGAUAUUAAUCACCCUGUGCCAAAACCUCCUCCAUCAGCUGUCUAUAGAUCAGGUCGAACAGGACCAGUUCCUUCUCCUCCAAAUUCCACUCCUCAACGUGCUCAUAUGUUACGCCAACCUCAACCCCUCCCACGAACGAUCCCCACCGAACAACAGAAUCAACGACCCACGUCAUCGAAAGACAUGCAGCUACCGCCUGCUGCUCGUCCUAACUCCGGUGGAUCUACGUAUCGAGAACAGGUGACGAGUCCUCCAUUAGCGGCAGCCAUAGAUCAAGUUAAAUCUAAUCAACCAUCACCUCCAGCAGAUGCAGCUAACAGACCUACGUCUGCUCAAAAACCUCCUGGUGUUCUUGAAGGAAGAAGAAUUCCACCACCGAUGCUCACACCAUUAUCAAAUGCACCAAAAUUACCCACGACGGACAGCUUUGAUAAGAUAUUAAAAAAGAAAAGCAGAAAGAAACGGAAAGAUAAAGAGAAGGACGCGGAAACGACAUCUCCUCAAAAUCCACUUGAUAUUCCACCACCGAGAGGCUUCGCAGCACCACUCCAUCCACCACAGCAGAAUCGCGUAUCUUCUGCUGUUCCUCCCCCACCCAGAUAUUCUAAAGGAACGCCUUCACAAAACCAAUCAAGGUACACUGAUGAAAACAUACCGGAGGAGAAAGUCACAAAUGGAGAUUUACCAAAUCAUAGUAAUACAUUCCAAGCCAUGGAUAGCGAAGAUCAUUCACCUGAUAAUGGAGACAUGGGAGAAAACGAAUCAAUAGGACCACUCAUUCCUCCACCUCAAGGCUUCAGAAACACUGGGCAGGGGAGACCACUCUCACACUCCAUUCCACAGGACGGCAGAAUAGUAAGAAUGCCUCCCACCAGUGCUAAACCUCCAUUACCUCGUACACGCAACAGUGCUUCAGUACAACGACCUAGUGGUAAAUCUGCUACACCUAGACGACCACGUCCACCGACCAGUAGAUCUACUAAUGCUUAGGUCAACAUUUACGUGUAUUGGUAUUUAUUAUUUAUAUUUCAUGAACGGGACUCACUGUAACCAGGGUAUCAUUUAAUCUUGUGUAUUUAGCACUAAUUUCUUUAUUCAUUCUAUAUCAAAUCUUUGUUUAAAAAUUUGUAAAAAUCAUUUAAAGUUACAAUUUCAUAUUUUCUAAGAAAGUCAAAACAUAAUUAUUUCUAUGUCUUUUGCUCAAUAGGUUGUCAAGGUUUAACAAGGUAGGACUGUUUAUAGAUACCAUCUAUUUUCAGGCUUUAUUUUAAUAAAUUUGAAAAAUAGAAUGUAAAAAUAUGAAAUUGCAACUUUAAAAUCACCAAAAAAUAAUCUUGUACUUGUGUUCAGUUAAUUAUUGAUGUAUAAUGAUUAAUUUUUUAACAGUGGUCGGGAGGUUAAAUACUUGUAAAUUGGACACUCAUUAUCAAAAUUAAUCACUGAGCUUCAAACUCGACACAAGUACAAAUUUUUCAGUGAUUUUAAAUGAUUUUUAAGAAUUUUUAAACAAAGAUUUGAUAUUAAAUGAAUGUGAAAGAAAUUAGUGCUAAAUACACAAGAUUAAAAGAUACUCGGAUUACAGUGCCUGGAAAUAAUCAUUUUAGUUGAAUCUGACAGAUUUCUGUCACUGUCAGUGGGUUUGUUUUAUGUAAUUUGAUCGCAUCCUAUAUCAGUUACAAUUAGAGAUAUUAAUUAUGUUUUUUAAACAUUCACACACUUAGUACAUGUUCAAUUACAAUUAUGAGAUAUUGUGGAUGUAUGUAUUUUAUCAUAUAACUAUUGUUUAGGGGGUAUGUGUGUAUGUGUAUAAAAAGGUAUAUUUUAUGAAUAGGGGUAUAUAUAUAUUUGAUUUAGAUAUUGAAUAGAGGUAUAUAUUUGAUAUUGAAUAGCUUUAAUAUACCUGAACCACGCCCUGUUUAUUUUAAUCUAUGUAGGUAAUAUCCCACAAAACCAGGCUCUUGGUCAUUUUUAUGAAAAUAGAGCUGGCAGCAUAUUUGAAUAGUUCAUAGCCUAAGCUUUCCAAAAAUGCAAUUCUUUUUAAAUUUGUCGUAUCAUCUGGAGUUGAGUUCGGCUCAUUCACAGCAACAAGAAGGCAUACAGUUUAUGCUUUUUUGUGCUCUUCAUUGUGCGAGAAGCGCCUGGUUUUGUGGGAGUGGGUCACAUAUAUAGAUAGUGUAUAUAUUAGCUGUGAUAUUGAUACAGUUCAGAACCACGCCCUGUUUGUGUCUAUGUAGGUAAUAUAUACAUAGUAUACAUGUCGUGAUAUUCACACAGAUCAGUACACAGGAUAUUAUUCUAUGGAAUAUGUUUAGUUUAUUAGUGAGGGAUAUUUUAAUAAUAAUAAAACAUGAUAUUCAUGGAUCAGUACACAGAACAUGAAUUUACAUGAUUCUAUGGAAUAUAUGAUUGUUGCUGACAAAAAUGAUACUGGAUAAUCCUACAUUCCUAUAAACAACAUGAUGAGAUAAAUGAUACUGGAUAAUCAUACAUUCCUAUAAACAACAUGAUGAGAUAAAUGAUACUGGAUAAUCAUACAUUCCUAUAAACAACAUGAUGAGAUAAAUGUUGUGCCCACUAGUGAUCCUUGGACAAAAUAAAAAUACAUAAACCUCCCUACUGCAUCAGAUUGGUUGGAAAGAUUUUCGAGAACCAGAAUAUUAAUUUUGUAAGGCUUUACUUACUGAGCGAUGUUUCUACUUGGCCUCUCUAGUCUUUAUCAACCAGUAAACAGACCCUGUUCCUGAAGCAACCACCACAAGUUUUACUAUAUCUAACUGUUGUUACAUUAGUCUGAAAUUCUAGAACUUAUAGGAACGGUAGCUUUGUCUAAUGAGAGGUGGUGACACAAACACACUCAAAUCAAACAUGGCGACCUCCACGGAAACCUUGAUAUUGAACGAAACUUUGGAACUCGAUUAUCACAGGUAGACAUUUUAGCUGGAAAGCGUGCGGGACUUCGUAUUCACGAUGAUAUUUUCUAUCGUGGAAUCUGAGAGGUCCCCAGCUGGGACGGUAGCCAAUCGAAUUAGUGACGAUAUAUGCAGAGUAUUAUGUAAAGGCCUUGAUAAGAUGUACAGAGUUAAAAUGAGAUCAAGCCUUCUAUUGAAGAUGGAUAAAGACGAAAGAAGCCUUGUAGUAAACAGUAAUAAGCAGUAAUUGUAUUCCAUAGAAUUGAUAAUGACUGAGAAGCCCAGUAGUAAACAGUAUUAAGCAGUAAUUGUAUUCCAUAGAAUUGAUAAUGACUAGAGAAGCCCUGUAGUAAACAGUAAUAAGCAGUAAUUGUAUUCCAUAGAAUUGAUAAUGACUGAGAAGCCCUGUAGUAAACAGUAAUUGUAUUCCAUAGAAUUGAUAAUGACUAGAGAAGCCCUGUAGUAAACAGUAAUAAGCAGUAAUUGUAUUCCAUAGAAUUGAUAAUGACUGAGAAGCCCUGUAGUAAACAGAAAUUGUAUUCCAUAGAAUUGCGUUCUGUGUAUAAUACCAGUUGAGUUAUUAAAUGUUAUUUGAUAGUUUAUAUGGAAAUGGGAUAUGACUAUUUGUAUUUACACAGAUAUUAUGGAUAGAACAUUUGUUUUUAUAUCAUCAGGCUUACAUACAGAUAUUUUAAAUUAAAGUUUAACCAUAUUAUUUGAAUUACAAAUUCGAUUAUGAAUUUAGUUUAUAUGACAAAAUGUCAGACAAUAUUGUAUUAAUAUCUGAUAUAUUGAGCUUUGUACUGGAUAUCGUUUUCAUUAGCCCUGCUGAUGCAGAAAAAUAGGGCAUUUAACUCCAUUCCUUUCAUCUUUUAUUAAAGUCCAGGCCAUAAGAGUCUAUGCGUCCCAGGAAUAUCAAAGUUCAAAAUUUAAAUGGGCAAUUAGGCAUGAAUUUUUUUAUUGUUCCUUUGAAGCUUAUAUAAGUAUGUACAAAAGUUUUCGCUUUAUCGCAAUCUGCUAGUGAAUCAUCUAGAUAUGAUUAGUGUUAGAAAGGAAGUGGGGGGGGGGGGGGGGGUCAAAAAAGGUCUUGCCCCAGGACACUAUUUUUCUCACAAGGACCAUGCUAUUAAUAAACGGUGGGGUGGGGUGUCUAGUGGUUGAACAUGGGUUUUCUCCGGUUUCCUCCCAUAGCUUAAGACCCCUAUGUGCGAGCGAAUUAGAAAUAAAAUUGAACCAUAUGUUAUCCCCAAAUCACAGUUUGUGUUAAGUGGAGUGGACGUUAAUCCCCUCCCCCUCUCUCUCUCUCUCUCUCAUAUAUUAAUAGUCAUAUCCCCUUUCCCUAAUAUUCAUUUAUCUAUGUUAUAUAUUUGCUUGUCAUCGCCAGUUAUUACAAUCUGAUUAAAACCCAGAUCAUAUUUCAUUUCGUUUUUUUAUAAUAAUACAAAAACAUAAUAUGGAACACAAUUACUAUUUUAAUUAAAGCGACGUUGCGUUGCGUUGCAUUGAGGGUUCUCUCAACGUUUUGAAGCAAAUAUAGUUCAAAAUUUUGUUUUACUUGUCUUUACUACACUAGGAUCUGGAAGAGUUGUUAUAUAACCCGUGUUCUGAUUGAUGUGAGGGAUUAACCAAUGAAACGGUAUUUGGUUAAUCAAAUCAAAUGACUGAUGUCAUAGGGUCAAAAGGUACUUCUAUGACCCCUGACACGACCUUCUCCUACAACUGGCCAAAUCUUCAUGUAAUGUAGGCCAUCGAAAGUAUAAAAAAGCAAAACGAUCUGAAUUUUAAUGAGAUUGCAGUUAUUAUCAGAAUAUUCCUAUUGUUUUACCUGUAUGUUUACCUGUAAUUCCGUCCAGUUGUGAUUAUAUAAUUCCUUUGUUUACUUGUUUUUAAUUCCGACCAGUUAUGGUUAUAUAAUUCCUUUGUUUACCUGUAAAUCUGUCCAGUUAUGGUUAUAUAAUUCCUUUGUUUAACUGUUUAAUUCCGUCCAAUAGACAAUAUCAUUUUAUUGAACGAUGUUGUUUACAUUCUGGUUUUAGCAUUUAUUCAUGUUUUGUUUAGAUAUGUGGGAUAUAUUAUACUUUAUUCAUGUUUUGUUUAGAUGUUUUUAUGUGGGAUAUAUUAUACUUUAUGUAUUAUAUAUAUAUUGUGUCAGUUUUUGUAUCCCUUUGCCAAAAUGGUUUUUGUCAUGUUUAAACAUAUCAACGCUUUUCUUGUAACAUUUUGUAUAUUUUAUUUAUUUACCUAUCUGUCAAGUUUUAAUUAAAUAAUAUGCGACAUGUGACAAUAAAAUCACUAAGUAGUCAUCUCUCAUUGUUUUACGAUAUGAACAAAAAAUAUUGAAGUCUUUGAUUAGUAUCCAACCUCGUGGGUUUUCUCCGGGUCCUCUGGUUUUCUCCCACUGCUAAAGACCCCUACGUGCAAGCGAAUUAUUGAAAUAAAAUCGAACCAUAUGUUAGUCUCGAAAUGACCUAGUUUGUGUCGAUUGAAUGUUAAACCCCAUUUCUCUAUCUUUUUGAAUGGGAUUGGGGAACAGGCUUAGCCUAUGUAAAAUCCCUAGAGAUGUGUGUAAGGGUAUUGACACAUGGCAUGUAAUAAACUAAUAAGUAGUAAGUUCAUCAAUAUGUGUUAUACUUCUAAAUGUCAUAAGGGGUUGGAUGGUCGAAUGGUUAGCACGUGCGCGCUGUAUCAUAAGGCCUGUCAUUGAGUCGACUGGCGUGGUUUCGAAUCCCCGGUUGUACGUGACAAGUAGUAGGGUCGCCUGUACAACCUCGUUGGUUUUCUCCGGGUUCCUCCCACUGGUAAAGACCCCUAUGCGCAAGUGAAUUUUCGAAAUAAAAAAUUAAACCAUAUGUUAGUCCCGAAAUGACCUAGUUUGUGUCAAGUGGAGUUAAACUCCAUUUCUCUCUCUCUCUCUCUAAAUGUCAUUAAAAGGAUGUUAAAAUAUACAGAUAAAAGGUAAAAGUUUAGAUUCUAUAAAUAGAGCAGAUUAAUCACAGUUUUUUAUUGUUGUGAAAUCUCUUUUGACAUUUGUUUUCAUAUCGUAAAACAAUGAAAUAGGUUUUCUGGUUUAUUUUGCUGUCACAGGUCAUGUUUAUCAAAGGUACAAUUUCUUUUUAUAACAAAAGAAAAUUUAAUGCAUGAAAGAAAUUAAUGUUUUACCUAAUCCUUCAAGAGACAUUCAUUUCUGUUUAGUUACAUCAGACAAAAAAAGUUAAACAUGGAUUAUGCAAGAGCUAAAUCUGCCCAUUGCAGGUCUUUCUUUAGUUCUUAAAUGUUAUCUAAAUUAUUAGACAUUAAUUAACUUAUCAAGAACAUAAUAGACUCUCAUUGCCAUCGUUAACCUGUGAUAUUUAGUGGAUUUCAUUUAACGUUAAAAUGGAUAAUCAAGACUUUGUUUAUUAUCGUACCAACGGUAGUAAUGACGAUCGAGGCUAGCCUAAACUGGAGUCGCUAAUAUAUUGGUUCAGAGUGAAGCAAUUUGACUGUAAUUUUCAACAUAUUUUGUUUCAAAUUCAUCAGUAAAAAUAGCAUUAGCAACAAUAAUUUGACAUCUAGUGAUUUUCGGCCCAAGUAUUCCAAACUUAACUUCUUAAGAUAAGACACAUGUAUAAAUUAUCAUGAUAAUAAUGUUUAUUGUGAUAUUUGAUAAAUUAUUAUCAUGAUAUUUUGUUUUCAUUAUUGCCCAACUCUAGUUUGUAUGACACUUUGAAAAUAAAGUAAUUUGUUAUUUUAUAUAAGAAAUUGUACCUUUAGAUAGAUAUAACUAUGUAUAUACUAUAUAAUGUCUAUUAUAUUGUUAUUAUAUAUGCUGUAAUCUGUGAUUUCUCUUUCAACUGUGAUAUACACAUUAUAUUUUAUUAUUAAUUAUUGUUAUAAUCACUAUUCUCUUGUAUCUCAGGUAGAUUUUAUUAAUUACAAAAUUCAUCAAAUAUUGUAUACUUUACACAGGUAAAUUUUACCCUUUGAAACCCCAAAAAUAAUGGUCCAUAGGCGUACAAGCCAGGGGGUGGGGGGCGAAAUGGGCAGCUGCCUCCCUAACUGUUGGGCAAUCUGACUGUCAUCCAGCCUGUACGCCUAUGUUUAUUUCCGAUUUGUCAGACAUUUUU